GUUUUAACUCACCAAAUCAAAAUAUCAUCUUCAAUAAUCUUUCAUUUUCUGUCUAACAAAAUCAUAUUAAAUGGCAACCAUGGCUCUCUCUUCUCCUUCAUUUGCAGGGAAAGCUGUGACUCUAAACUCACAAACAGAAUUCCCAACAAAUGUUAGAUCCAGCAGCAAUGGUAAGAUCUCGAUGAGGAAAACAUCCGCAAAGAAGCCUGCCGCAUCUUCAGGAAGUCCAUGGUACGGUCCAGACCGUGUCAAGUAUCUCGGCCCCUUCUCUGGUGAGUCUCCUUCUUACCUGACAGGUGAAUUCGCUGGUGACUAUGGCUGGGACACGGCUGGACUAUCAGCUGAUCCAGAGACCUUUGCCAAGAACCGCGAACUUGAGGUGAUCCAUUCAAGGUGGGCGAUGCUCGGAGCUUUGGGCUGUGUCUUCCCUGAACUCCUCUCUAGAAAUGGAGUCAAAUUCGGCGAAGCAGUUUGGUUCAAAGCUGGAUCUCAGAUUUUCAGUGAAGGAGGACUAGACUAUUUGGGCAAUUCCAGCUUGGUCCAUGCACAGAGCAUCUUAGCUAUUUGGGCCACACAGGUCAUCCUUAUGGGCGCUGUUGAGGGAUACAGAGUUGCCGGAGGUCCGCUAGGUGAGGUCGUUGAUCCGCUUUACCCAGGUGGUAGCUUUGAUCCAUUAGGCCUUGCAGAGGACCCAGAGGCAUUUGCGGAGCUAAAGGUAAAGGAACUAAAGAAUGGGCGCCUUGCUAUGUUCUCCAUGUUUGGAUUCUUCGUUCAGGCUAUUGUGACUGGAAAAGGUCCUCUAGAGAAUUUAGCAGACCAUCUUUCCGACCCAGUGAACAACAAUGCUUGGUCAUACGCUACCAACUUCGCUCCCGGGAAGUGAGAAUACGCCUGACAGUCAACCAAGACAGUCAAUCACCCAUCAUAGUAGGACAAAUGGUGUUUGGUUUUCACUUUUUUGCAUAAAUUUCCUCUGUAUAUUCAUGUAGCUUAUAAAAUUGUGUGCAUGUCUGUGUUUGGACUCUAUAGUGUUUCUGCCUAUGAUCUAAUUUCUAAUAGAAUCCAUUUUUAUUUGACUCCAGUGGAAACUACAUACUCCCUCCGUCCCCAUUAUAUAGGCGGAGAAGUGAGUUU